GUCGGGAAAAUUGACGUUGAAGCGGAAAGUCAAGCGGAAUCGCGGUGAAAAACAUUUUCCCUAAAGCCAAUGUUUGUAAAACGGCAGAAUUGCGCGUAAAAUCGGAACGAGUGCAAAUUUUAUUCGUAAUAUACACUUUAUGUAGAAGAGUAUCAUUGAAUGUAGCAGUUAAAUGAGUGUGAACUAUAAUGCUCGGCAGCUGUAGGAGAGUUUAACGAGCACGCAACAUAGUUGCCUCAGAAAAUCGGCAACUAACAUCAAGCAGGAAUUCUCAGCUUCAAAAAACAUUUCAUCGUGCCACCGCAUAAUGAAUGUUCAAAAUAAGACGUGCUUGUUCUGUCUGAAGCAACGCCAAAUAUUGGUUGAUGAUCCAAGUACCGCCAAAGCUAUCCAGAAGACGUACCGCAUCAAGCUUGCUUCGGAUAGCUGCCGCGUUUGCAUCGAAUGCCAUUUUAAUAUAAAACAAAUUGGCGAGUUUAAGAGUACCAUAGGGAAUGCUGGCGACAUCUCCGUUGGCAAUUGCUUUGCGUGUAAAUCAGAGAACACCGUAAAUACGCCCGGAGUGGACAGAGUAGUGGAUUAUCUUCUCAAGCAGUGUAAGACCAUUGACCUUGGUAAAACUGAGACCGCCCGGGCAUGUGCGUCGUGUUUGUAUUUGCUUGAGAUAUGCAUCAAAUACGAAAAGAUGGCACGAAAUUACUCCAAUGCACAACGUUUCUGCAAGCAGUUUGCCACUAUUAGGGAAUGCAAUGUUGCCUUAUGGAAGCUGGAUUUAGAUAAAAUAGGCAACAUUUGUGAGAGUAUUCCAGGAGGCGGAAAAGGCGCUAAAGUUAGUGGUGGUGGUGGACAAAAUGUUUCAAAAGAUAAGAAUACUCGAAAACGAGGUAGGGGCUCGUUGGGUGAACGAGAGGAUGCACCUGCAAAGCGAUUAAGACAUGAAGAUACGGCGGUGCUCCCGGUGAUGUUGACCAAGUUGACCCCAACCGUCACUCCCACAAGGACGGAGAAAAAGAAGAGUUUUUCUCCCAAUUCCACUCCCGGCUCAUCGAAAGGUAAAGCUAAUAAACAGAGCGAAAAAAUUUUCAUCAAACUUCCAAUGCCGAAGAAGCUUUACUGGAAGAAACGAAACCAACAGCGCAAAAGGUAUGGCCCUCCUCAUUCGCCUAGUCGGUCGAUUCCCUCUUCCCCGUCCACAGAAGACCUUAAUAGAAUCUUCAAGGUAGAACUACGGCCACUAGUCGUCAGGAUAGAACGUGUCGAUCUAUCCAGCUAUCUCAAUAGGACGACAGCACACGAUACGGACACGCGACAACUUCGGAAACCCCAGGAGGAGUUCAUUGGGUUAGACGAAGAGGAUGUCGUAGAGCUGCAACAGAGCAAUACUAGCAUAUGUAGCUCAGCCGGGAAACGAAAAAGUAUUCUCAUAACGGAACGCAUUGAGAGUCCUUAUUCGGCGAAGAAGAAAGUCAAGUUCUCGGACUCCCCGAGCAUAAAGUAUGUAGAUAAAUUGUCCUUCAGCGAAGACGAGAGUGGUGGAAGGGAAGGUAGCGACGACGAAAAGGACGCUGAUCACAAUGACAAAAAGAAGAGCGCAAAGACGGCGAAUGGCAGUCCUAUAACACCACCGAAUGCGAAAUCUCGAAAGACAAAAAAUUCGAAGAAGGAUGAAGCAGAAGAGCAAAGUGUGACUGAGGAAAAUACUGCUGAAAAGGUACCAGCAGAAACCGGGAAGGAUGCCACUCGUAGUAAAGAUGAUAAUCCAUCGAAUGAUGACGAUACGACGCAUGAUACAACAAGGGUUGAGGAAACUGACAGUAACAAAGACUAUGAAGGAACACAAGCCGAAACAUGUGCCAGUGAGGUCGAGGACCGAGUGGCCAACGUUGAAACUGAAAACGGUGAAAUCAGUGAAAAGAAUUCCACAGCUGUGGAAUCGACCUCAACGCCGGAGUCUGAAAAUGAAAAGGAAUUACCUCCCGAAGAAUCAACGGCUCCAAUGGAAACGGAUGAAUCGGAAACUUCCGCUAAUCCGGAAGCAAUCGCUGAAAAAAGUGACGAACCUGCCGAUGCUGAGAUGCACGAUGCAACAAGGAGUGAUUCGCCAGAAGACGUGGACAUGGUCGAAUCAAAAUCACCCCCCGCAGAGGACGUUGAAAUGCAGGAAGUGACGAAUGUACAUUUCAACGGAGAGGAACAUCAUUCCGUUCAGGAAAGUUCCGAUGAUAAACUUCGAGAAAAAAAUGAUUCGCCAAAUGAGGUGAGUUCGGCUGAUUUCGAAGCAUACGAUAAGAAUGAAGAGGAAAUCGAGCAAGUUCAAUUGUCUCUGAGUGAUUUCUUGGGUCAAGAAAUAUCCGACUCCGAGCAAGGAGUAAACGAGCUCGAGACACAAAAUAGCGCGGAAAACACAUCGGACAUACCAACUGAGAAGCGGCAUCCGGAUUCAGAAAUUAAGGCAGAAACUCAAUUGGCAAAUGAGUUGUCCUCUGUAUGCCAGUCAAAGGCUGAUGUAAUGUUAUCUGAACCAGAAUCUUCAGAGAAAGUAAAAAAUCAAUCCUUCUGUUCUUUGGACGAUGUUGAUGAUAUAUCUGACGAUGAUGAUAUUUUGGAUCAACUGGAUCGAGCAAACGGCGGUACAAAAGAUUCCCCAGAUUUGCCUCCCUUGGGCGAGGAUAGUCUUCAGAAUGUUUAGACAUAAGUGAACUGGAAUUAGAUAUUUUUUUAUUUGUUUUUAAUUUGGACUAUCCCAAAUUUUCGGACAAGAUAUUAUAUAUUUCGUAAAGAAAAUUACGUACAUUAAAAAUGGUCAGAUACAGCAGAAAAGAGAAUACUUCUUUAUUAUUACCCAUCUAAAUCUACUUUUAAAUAAUUGGAUCAUGCGAGAAUAACACGAGAUCUUUAUAUGUGAAAUAUAUUGUUAGUGAAUAAAAAAUUAUAAAAAAAAUGCAAAAAAUAUAUUGAAUUUA